AGUAGUAAUGUAGCAAGAUGUAAUCAUUGUAAGGUACAAUUUCUCAUACAUAAGAAUAGAUCCUUAGCUAUUUUACAUGAACACUUAGUGAAGAGACAUUCAGACAAAUUAAAUGAAGAACAGAAGAAAGAAGAUAAAUUCCAUUGGACUUGGGAUUAUUUUAUCGCAGAUAGCGAUAUAGAGGCAAUAUGCAAAAAAUGUAACUCAACAAUUAAGUAUCAAUCAGUAUCUUGUCUCAAAAAGCAUUUAAAACGUAUGCACAAGAUAUUGAGUCCAAAUUCAGAUCAUAUAGACAACGAGAGCAAUUCAGACAAUGACUUCAUUGCAAACGAGGAUCUAACUCAAAAGACAGACAGUUUUAUCCCAGUUCGUCGCUGGAUACGUGGACAUUAUACAAAAUUAACAAGUAGUAAUGUAGCAAGAUGUAAUCAUUGUAACGUACAAUUUUUCAUACAUAAGAAUAGAUCCUUAGCUAUUUUACAUGAACACUUAGUGAAGAGACAUUUAGACAAAUUAAAUGAAGAACAAAAGAAUGAAGAUAAAUUCCAUUGGACUUGGGAUUAUUUUAUCGCAGAAAGCGAUAUAGCGGCAACAUGCACAGAAUGUAACUUAACAAUUAAAUACCAAUCAGUAACUUGUCUCAAAAGUCAUUUAAAACGUAUACACAA